AUGACGGCUGUAGCAAACCCACAGACCUUUCCGCAGAUUUCACGACCAGCAUGGGGCACGAUUAACGGAAAUCACCAAAUGAACCCAGACGACGCACGAGGGGGCAUCGGCAUGUUUGUGCCGCGCAAAACCUUGUCGCGGACCAACUCGUCGUCGUCCGUCUCUUCAAACUCGUCAAAUUCAUCUGCCACCACAGUCGCUUCGAAUGGAUCUCAACCCAAUGGCACUCCCAUGUCUUCGACGACUGAUUUGAGCCAAUGGUCAGCCAACGGAGCACCUCGGAAGCGACCUCAGCCCAAGAGCGCUUGGCCGGCCGGAAAAGGCGACUUCCAGCAGGACGUUUCCAGACUUGCCAAUAAUCGGACUGCCGGGAUGAUGGUAUCUCAUGGGCCGGUGCAAACCGGCUCUGGUCAAGUCCAGAUGACGCCGCAAGGCAUGAUGCGCCCUAUGCCUGCCGAGCAGUUUCCUCCCGGGCAACCUGUACUCUACCUUCUUUCCCUCAACGGGACCUUCGAACGGAAAACAAUCGCUGUUCCUUUUGCUCCCGAUAGCCUACGAAUCGGCCGCCAAACAAACCAAAAAACAAUCCCGACGCCCACCAACGGGUUCUUUGACAGUAAAGUGCUGUCCAGACAACACGCUGAGAUUUAUGCCGAGCGCAACGGGAAAAUCUACAUCCGCGAUGUUAAGUCCUCAAACGGCACAUUUGUCAACGGCACGCGCCUCUCACAGGAGAAUCGUGAAUCAGAGCCCCAUGAGCUUCAGACCUCGGACCACCUUGAACUUGGUAUCGACAUCGUUAGUGAAGAUCAGAAGACUGUAGUUCACCACAAGGUGGCUGCCAAGGUCGAACAUGCCGGGUUCUUGAGCUCCUCGAACAACGUACUCGACAUGAACUUUGGCGAUCUUGACCCAGCCAACGGUGCCAUGAUGAUUCCCUCCGGCGCCAUGCCAAUGCGAGGGCGCAAUGGCAGCAAUGUCUCUAUGGCCAACAAUGGCCGGAUGAUGUCUAAUGGAGGUGGUAUGGGCAUGCAGCCUAACGGAAUUCCGCAACAAAGACCCUUCUUCCUCACACCAAUUGCCACCGAUCAAAUUCUCAAGCGACUUGCUAACGAAAUGCGAAGCGCUCGUGUCCAGGCCCAAGACCUGGGUCGGACGAACCAAUUCGUGAACACACUCCUAUCGAAGGAAGACUUGAAAGACCUCGAGAAACCAGAAGCUCCGCAGCCGCCCAAGCCGCAGCCCAUGGUUAAUGGAAACGGUAUUCCAUUCCGAUCCGACCCUAAGGCGCGUUUCUCGGACCCUCCUGCACCCCCACCACAACAACCACUUCCCGAAAAGCCGGAUGUGCCUUCACUGAAGCGAGGCCCAACCGAGCGACCGAAAUCCGGCCCGCCAAAUGGUUCCCCUGUUCGACAAGACAACCUUAGCCAGAUCAUUCAACUCACAGAGGCUCUUAACAACGCCAAGCGAGAUAUUGACACGCAGACCGUCCGUAUGCGCGAGCUUGAAGAGAUGCUCCAGAAGGAGCGCCUCGCACGUGAGGAGGCAGAAGACUUGGCUAAGCGGCUGGAGGAGACCGCGACUACCCACACAAACGGCUCCGCUGUCCAUGGCGAGGCAGAUGGCAUCAACGGCACACUGGCUGAGGAGGAGGACGUUGCAGACGUUCAGGAACAAGAGGCUAUCGAGGAGGUCAACCCGGCUGUUGACCCGGCUCAGGAGACCGCUACCGCUCUCCAGGCCCGCAUCGAUAUUAUGGACAGUCAGAUGCGGGAUAUGAAAGAGCAGAUGGAGGAGUGGAAGCAGCGAUGCGAGGUUGCCGAAUCUGAACGAGAUGCCGACAGAAAGACUCUAGCGGAGAUGGUUGUCCAACUUCGCGCGGAGGAGGCAGCCAGAGAGGAGGCCCAGAGGAAGGCUCGAUCUCGAUCAAGGCAGCGGCUUGCCGCAGCCACGGCUGCCGAGGUCGACGAGGAAACCACUUCAGAAGCCAACGAGGACUCUGUUGAGAAGUCUCAGACUGAUGGCUCUGGCCCCACCACCAAGUCGAUCGAUGCGCCGAGCCUUUCUCGAGCCAACACCAUUAAGCCGAUGACCUCCGAUAAGGGAGCACUCGCACAGGAACACCGUCUGCAGGCUGCUUUGCCUUUCGCAUCGAUGUUCGGCGUCGUGCUCUUCGGCGUGGGCUUGAUGGCAUAUCUUAAUGGGUGGCAGGCCCAACCACCCAACUCUGAGCAAUGA